AUGCACGGCACAUUGCAGCUGCCUCCAUGGGAGGCCAGCAUUGUACAGCAGGUGACGCAGCGCGAGGCUCGUGUCGCGACAGUAGCCAAAGUAAUCGAGUCAUACAAUCGCCUGGCGCUGAAGGUCGGCGACUACGCAGCGAAAACGCGCGACCUCGAGGCACGCAACAAGGACAUGCACAACGAGCACGAGCGGCUUCUCGAAAACGUCGACAGAGGCGGCGGUGUGCGAGCCAUGCCGCUGGCCCAGCAGCGCAUUGCCGACCUCGAGCGCGAAAACGAGUCGCUGAAGGAGGAGCGCACGGAGCUGUACCGCACGCAGGGAACCAAUGCCCAGCGGCUGCUAGAUCUGAGCGACAAGAUGCGGGAGAGCGAGGAGACGAUGCGUAGGCAGACGCUGGAGCUCAACGACAGCAGCGAGCAGCUGCGGCGGGCGACCAACAAGACUGAAGACCUGCGGGCCACGCUGAAGGAGAAGGACGGGACUAUCCAGGUGUUGCAGGACGAGCUCAGCGCGCUGCAGCUGGAAAUAACGCAGAUUGAGCACAAGUGCGAGCGGCUGCAGGCAGAGAACGACGAGCUGGUCAAGCGGUGGCUCAAGAAGAUGAACGACGAGGCCGACAAGGUCAACGCUGUCACGCAGGAGCUGGAGCUGAUCCGC